UUCGGCGUUCUUCAUCUUCAUGGGAAAAAUUUUAUCGACGACCUUGGCGUCAUUCAUCAUCAUGGGAGAGGUUUUAUCGAAGAGGUUAUCGUCAAGGAUUUGGAGGAUGGAAUGGUGGCUACAGACCUAUGUUUGGCGGAUGGGGUGGUGGAUGGAAUCAAGGCUUCUAUCAACCAUAUGGAGCAUGGGCGAUUUCCAGGAUGGGGCAAGAAGUGAGAAAGAAGUUGCUUACAUCCGCAUUUUAACCUGUGCAUUUUUGUAUUUUUAUUAUUUCUGUAUUCAAUUUACGUAUUUUUGAAU